AUGCCAUGGUUGGCAGUAACUGAGAAAAAUCUUCCUCAGUUUACAAAAGGGGAUAAAAUAGAAGUUUCAGAAGUGGACCUGCAUGAGGUACUAGCUGGUAGGAAGCUGGGUCCAACUACCUUAGGUAUUACUCUAAUAAGAGGCUAUCAAUGCAUCGAUCCAGAUCUCUGUUUGCCAGAUAUUCACAGUUUCAUCGAGCAACAAAUUACUCUUGUUGCUAAGGGGCAAGCAGAUCAUUUUCGUGUUGUGCAGCAUGUCCUACAACAGUUCAGGCAAAAAUACAGUUGCUUUGUCAAGCAGAUUGAAAACAUGAAUGCAUUAUUUGAAGCACAAUUCUCUCCUCGCUCCUACUCAGGACGAGUUCUCAGUAAAUGUGGCAAAUGUCUACGAUGGAGCUCAGGUAAGAAAAGAGAAUGCAGAGAGCUUGGAGAAGAAGAUGAGAAAAUUAAGUAUAUUCUCUCCCUUAGUCACGCACAAGCUGUGCAGUACAAUAUAACUGUUGGGAAUAGAAUAUUCCCUGUUUACGUCAUUCAAAUCUAA